ACAUGUCUCCCACCGCGCGGAACGUUUCAACGCGGACUCUGUAUUCGCAUCACUGCCGAUUCCCGGUGAGGCGCAGGUGACUUGUCCGCCCCCACGUAUGCCCAAGUCCUUUGCCGCUGCGUCCAAGUCCUCCGCCCGCGUUGGGCCCUUCCGACUCCUCGCAACCCAUGUAUCUGCCUCGCUGGACGUCAUGCAUCAAACCCCGUCAAGCCUCCGAUGGCGACAUAUCGCCUUCGCUGUCUACGAGCCCAUUUGUUGACGUUCCAGCUGCACGCAAGUUCUAUCAGGACGCGUUCACCACGGGAGAUACUCGUCUGGGAGAUCCAACGCAUGUGCGCGCCUCCGAUGUAUGCGUUGUCUUCCGAUCUCAUCCACAGUUGCGGUGAAUGAGUCGAGUAGCAGCUCAAGAAGUGUUUCCGGCAUCUGCUAGCCCUCCUAAUUCGAAGUCGUCCCGUUGGCGAACGCUGCAUAGCAACCUAUGAGUGCGUCGUCGGUUUUCGUUCGCGCAUGCGUGCCCGAGUGCCACGAUUCCCCGCAUUUUAUGAACGACGACGGGAUCUCAAACCCGAGAUGCAGAGGAGGUAACGUAUGGCCGGUUACACUCAUGAUACCUCCGCGUACCCAACACUGCCGCCCAUUCGGAAAGCCAUGCUUUACACGCUCAACGUAUACGUGUCGGAAAACGCCCUCGUCAUGUCCACGGGCAUGGGAAAACGAAUUGAACAAGGCCGUCACCAUGUGCAUGUGCUAGUCAACAUCGAGUCAACGGCAAUGCGGCACCGUCGGUCCUCCGAGGCUCUGGCGUGCAACGCUGUGCGUCUGACUUUGCUCCCCUGCGCGGACUAUCGCGCAAUGGUACCUACUUGGCGGCAGCGCAUCCCCAACCUGUGCACGAAGUGCGCCCUCGCGACCACCUUCCGGGUGUUGAACGUGCGAGAUGGAGUAGAACGGCGAGGUAGCUGGGAGGAGGACGGAUGGACGAUGAACGUCGGAGAUGCGCACGUCGAAGACGUUUUGAAAUACCAAGAUCAUCGCGAUGGGAGCACUCUGAUCGCAAGAUGGGGGUGGGACCGAAGACGACAUGCAUGAGGUGAGCUUACAUUGUCGCCAUGCGCUAGUGUUCACCAUUGCUCCGAUCGCGCUUCAACUCGUUGGGCGUACCUUUGCUCGAUGGAUAUGAGAAACACGGCUGUGUGGGGACGUAGAAAUCGUUCUUUCCUCGGCACCCCGGUUAACCGCCAGUCAUAAUUGUACUUCCCCCAUCAUGACCAAU